AUGGUUGCUGCUGAUCCUGUGUUGCCGGAUGAUGGCGCCCCGGAGGAGCCAUCAUUCUCGGAUAGCGAAUACAAUUAUGUUGAAACAGCCACUGAUGAGGAACUGGUUGGCGAUAUCUUACGGCGAAAGCCAUCAAUAAGCGAAUAUGACCGCUGCUGUGUGAUAGUCUGCGGUAUCCCCGUGGUUCAGGAAGAGCGGUUACCGAAGCUCAAAAUGGUGGUCGGCAAGAUUUUUGCCCGAAUUCACACCAAUUUCAAUGAAUUUUAUCCAAUCGAUGAAAAUGGGCUGACAAAGGGAUAUUGUUUCUUGGAAUAUCCAAGUAGCGAAAUAGCGGACAGUGCAACAGCAAUCUUGAAUGGUUAUGUGCUGGAUAAGAAUCACACAUUCACUGCGAAUCUCUUUAGUGAUAUGAAUAAGUUCGAGAAACCGGAUGAAAACUGGAAACCGCCAGAACCACGACCUUAUCACAAUAUCAAUAAUAUGUGGUCGUGGUUACAAAACGAGAAAUGCUAUGAUCAGUUCGCAGUUCAUUAUGAACGUGAUGCGGGCCCCAAAUUUGGUCCAUUAUCACCAUUUGUUAGCGUUUAUGAAUACAGGAAAGGACAAGAUCCGGUUCAGGUCACCGAACGACAUUAUUGGACGGAAACGAUAUUCAAAUGGUCGCCAAGUGGUACUUUUUUGGUAAGCAUCCAUCGUAUGGGUGUUGCGCUCUGGGCAGGCGCCAAAUUCGAUCGAUUCGCUCGCUUUGCACAUGAAAAUGUUGUAAUGCUCGAUUUCUCCCCAUGUGAAAGAUUUCUUGUCACGUACGCGUUACCGGAGAACCGCUGGUCCGAGGAUCCAAACGCAUUACGCAUAUUUGAUACAAUGACUGGAGAAAUGCGACGUGGCUUUUCCCUGCUUUCGCAUCAAGUGUCUACCAAUGCAUUGCCUUGCUGGCCAUAUUUCCAGUAA